AUGAUGUUUUCGCGUAUGGGAAAUGAUAGACCCACUGAAGGAAUGAGUAAAAAACAGAAGAAUCUUACAAUGAGGGCACUUCAUCAAGUAGAAAAUAGAUUCAUUUCCAGAAAGAAUAGUGAAAAUUCCUUAGGAACCAGAGUGACUGUAAAACAAUUGAAGCUAAAAUACUCUAAAGUAAGUGGAUUUUUUGAAGCUAUAUGA